UACGGCAAGCCUGGGUUGCUGAAGACCUGUUCUACCCCAGAUCGACGGGUCAGUCGGCUAGUGGAUGUGGCUUAAUUUUGUUUUGUUUUAUGGGAACAUAAGGGGGGAAAAAGAAUUUGUUGGUUAGCCAAUCAAAUGCCCAAGAAUCAUUUGCAAUUUACUUUUAAUUAUAAGCAUGUUACAAUCAAAAGUUGCAAUGUUGGAACAAUUACUUGAAUUAACAUGAAUGUGAGAAAGAGACUAUAUCAGAAAAUGUACAAACAAGUUUCACUGAUUAAAAUCACUAGGACAUGUAUAAAUAAAAUUUUCUUUCAUCACAUAAAUAAGAACAUUUCUAAUUCUGAAUGACCCAAAUUCCGAUAUCCCAGCUUAUGUGGUAAUCCCAGCUUUGACACAAUGGACACAAUUAUUCAUAAUUAUGUAACCCCUUAAACCAACAAGAGGAAAUUUGCUGGGGACCAUCUCAAAAAUCUUUUGUAACCAAAUCUCAAAAACAAAUUGUCGGAAAAUAAAAUUAUGUCAUAAUGCUAGUUUUAAUUAUGGAAAGCAAAUCUGUAAUAUAUAGAUUGGAACAGUAUACUCCAGAUCAUCAAAUUUCUAUUUUAUCAAAUGAAACAAAGUUGAAUUAAAACUGUUAUGACACAAUCCCUGUACCAGUCUGACCAAUGGGGAGUGUUCUUCAGUGAAGCGUAGAUAAAUCCCUAAGCUGUGCUACAAACAUCAGCUGCCAGACAAUUCCUGUUGCAGUACUACACAGACAUUACUCAGCAGUAGUGAACAGGGACACAGCAAAAUGCUGCUUUUAUUUAAAAAAAUGAGACUUGAUGUAAUGUACAAGUCAUUUCUUGCCAUCCUGGGCGCCUGGGCCUUCCUAUGCCUCAUCAUUUACUAUGGACUGAACAGGAUGCUCCUACCCCUUAAGAGCAAUCGUCGUGCCAUUGACGACCCUUUCUCCAUGGUGUCCCAUGCACACGACCAGGCACCGAGUGAUAAGUACAUCAUAUAUACCUGUGAUGGGACGUUCUACUGUGGGGGGUGGGCAGACCGACUCAAAGGAGUAGUAGCAGCAUAUCUCCUAGCUAAUGCCACCAACAGCAAGUUUGGAAUUCAUAUGACUGUGCCGUGUGACAUCUCCAACUAUUUGUUGCCAAACUUGAUUGAUUGGCGGAUUGAUGUGUCAGAGUUGGGCAAUGACAGUACCGCUUUCUUUAUGGGAAUGAGCGAUGCUGUUUUUAUGAAAAAUACUGAGGUUAUGAAACUAGAAGACACAUUUCCUCACAGAGUGACUUUUUUUGCCUUUAAUUUAGACAUUGUGCCUUAUUUGAGAAACAAUGUUCUAUAUUCUGAUAAUUUAAAAUGGAUGUUUGGAAUGAAAAAUCCUGAGAUUUUCAGUCAUGUUUACAAAACAUUAUUUCGCCUUUCUUCUGAACUAGAGGAGAAAUUGCAAGACUUUAACAUGAAGCUUCCUCUUGGAUUUUCACUUAAAUGUGCUCAAAUUCGACUCGGAAGAAAUCCAUCAAAUUUGAACGAUACGGAAGUGAGAGGGUUUUAUUCGGAUGUAAGAAUAGUGUGGGAUUUCUUCAAAGGUUUUCACAGAGGAAGUGAACAUGAGAGCCUAGAACAUGAUCACAAUCAUAACCACCAUCACCAUGACAACAACCACCAUCAUCAUCACCAAGACAACCAUCAUCAUCAUCACCACCAUCAUUCUAAUAAUGAAAACUUGAGGAUCUUUGUGACAUCUGAUUCGGAACAAGUUCGCGCUGAUGCAGCAAAAAUGUUUCCAGAUCUAAUUGUCGACUUGCCAGGUCCGCUUGUUCAUAUUGAAAGAUCAACCAAGGUCAAGGAAGAAAUUUGUGGAGGAUUUUCGAAAGUUAUACUGGAUCAAAUUGUCUUAGCUUCAUGUGAAACUCUCAUUGUGAGCCAGAGUGGUUAUGGAGAGAUUUCCUCAUACCUGAGAGGAUCGGAAGCCAAUCUGUACUGCUUUCGUCAUUCAGAACUAUACAGAUGUUCCAUGUCCAACUUCGAUGUGGCUAUCGAUAGGUUUCCAAAACUAGUUACAGUAAUGGUGUUUGGAGUUUUACUUUUAAUUGUUUUGGUAUGCUGGAUAUUUCCUGUUAAAGCAAGACAGAUCAGAAAAUGUCUCCGGAUGAAGUUGCUUCGCUGCUGAGGUGAUACUUUUAAUAAAAUAAUUGGCCACAGGCCCUAGCAAAUUUUAAAUGGUACAAAUUAAUCUCAAAGUACACUCAGUUUUAGAAUAAAGGAGUGAGUUGUUUUUUCUCUGAAAGCCCCUGAAAUUAUGUUAGAAAUCUACUCUAAAGUUUUCAGUGUUUGGUGAGCAUUUUCAUUUAUUCCCUUGUUUUGUCAGAAGUAGAGUACCACUAAACUGCAGUUUGGAGUAGGGUGAAUGCUAAAGCUUUGAGUGAUUGAGUAUUUCCUUAUGCCGCUUUUAGCAAUAUUCCAGCAAUAUCAUGGCAGGGGACACCAGAAAUGGGCUUCACACAUUGUACCCAUGUCGGUAAUCGAAUCCGGGUCUUUGGCGUGACGAGUGAAUGCUUUAACCACUAGGCUACCCGACCGCUCUAAAGCUAUGGGAAUGUAUAUUUUUCCCAAACUGAAAGAACUCAUAAUUUCUUAUUAAUCAAGAAAGCAAAGUGGUCUCUUUCUCCUGGUAACAUCCUCUGUAUCUCCAGGGCUCACAUUUUGGUAAACCUACACGAGCCCAUGGAACCAUUCCUAAGGUUUUCACAAUCUUAAAAUUACCUGACUUACAGGAUCGGGUGGUCAGAUUCGCUGACUUGGUUGAUGCAUGUCAUCAUAUCCAAAUUGUAUAGAUCGAUGCUUAUUAUGUCUAUCACUGAAUUAUCUGAAGAUCCGGGGUA